UCAGCCCAACAGCACUGCUGCGAGGUGAGAUGGUGUCUGAAAAACAAGGAGUCCGGCCCAGAUUUGGUCCAUCGGACAGAAUCUUGGAGCUGGCGCAGCACAAAACCUCAAAAACUUUUUGGGCUAAGAUUCCGUGUGAGAAGCUGAUCUGGGGCAACCAGGAGCCGAUAUGGCCCCUGUCCGCAUCAGCGCUCGGAGUCAGUCCAAGCGCAAGAAUCCAAUACCUGGCCGAGCACAAAAGAGACUUCUCAGCAAGGGGGGACCACCGGAGGAAGCAGGAGGCGAGCUUCUUCAGGAAGACCCAGCGUCCUUCCUCCAAGACGUCCCAGUAUGAGGACAUUGUCCGCCUGUCGACACCCAAAACCAGGAGCCGCAGCUCCCAGGAAGCAGGGCCUCCUCACACACCCCACUGUGAGAAUAACUGUCCGAUCUGGCACAUCGAUCCCAGAGUGAAAACUGCUGCGAUCACACCUCGACUGCUGCAGCUCUCACGGCCCAAACUGAUCCAUCUAGACUUCCAGAGCAACAGAGAGAGCGCUGCCUCCAUCGUGUCCUUGGCAUCCAGAAGAACCCGACUCUCUCAGCGACUGGUCCGGCUGUCACUGCCCAGACUGAAGCACAGCAACAUCUGCUGCGAACUUGGACGUCCGGAGGAAUCGAUCUGGACUGUUUCAGGGGCGGCGAAGAGAGCCACUGCAAGCACCCGAGUUGAGAUGCUGGCAACACCGAAGCAGCUUCACGUGGACUACGUCCCUCCACGAGAACCAGAGUGGAGCCGGAGAAACGCCGUGUCCACCUGAGCUUCAGAACCACAACCGAGUCACUGCUGGUCUAGUCUGCGGCCUCUGUGAAACUUUGGGAAUGAUUCGUCAUGGAAAAGUAAAAAUUAGAAUUAAGAUUUAAGCUUUAAAGGUCCCAUAGUUUAUACUUUUCCAGUGUUUUAUUUUGAAGUGUUGAUCCAUAAGAAGGUAUAUUUGUCAUUUUAAGAACCAAAAACCAUCUCAGUUACAUCUCCUCUCUCAGGCUUCUCUCUGGAGCUAUAGUAACAACAGGUUGGUGAGCCAAUCAGAAGAGAGGAGGCUCUGAGCCUCUAUUUUUAGCUAAUAAUCGCAAUAAAGCUAAUAGUUUGUUGAGUUGUUUUUUAUAUAAUUUGCAGUAAUUCAAGAAAAUGUGAUAAAACCACAAAAACAAAAGAAGCCUGACACCAAACUGCUUUAACUGCAACCUCCAAACAAAUGGAAGAAAAAUCAAGAUAAGCAGAGACACCAGAUUUUUGUAACAGGAUCUACAUGACAACUUGAAUUUUAAAAAAGAAGAAAGUCAUGACUUAUUAAAAAAAUAUUUGAAAAUAAUAAAAUCACUCCUGUGUUUAAAUUCCUAACUCUGUUUGAGAGAUGUGGAAGAGAAAUGUGUCUGAGAACAAUCCAAACUGGUUCGUCUGUUUCUCCGUUGAUAUCAUCACCAUGUGCAUGAAACCUUAAAGAAGUUAUUGUUGGAUUGUGAUAUUAUGACUUAUGAAAGAUUUCUGGUUUAAAUCUCUGAUCUUUUGGCAAAAUCGAAAGCAGAGAGAGUGAGUGAUGGUUAGGAAUAAAAAACGUCUCUGCCUCUCUCUCUGUCUGAGACCUGAAGCCCGUGUCUGAGCCUCGGCGUGAUAUACUGAUCCACAUGGUUUUUCCUUUGCACUCAAGCUGGAUUUAGUGUUUAUAUCACAACCAUGUGCGCAUGAAUCCUUGUCAGUGCACUGAUUUCUCUUCAGUUUGUAUUUUAGAUAAAGCCAUUCUCCUUUCUGAGGUCAUGACUUGUUGAAUAUACCACAAAUCUGCCCACAGUUGCCUGCGCUUCAAUUUGGAAAUCCACUGUAAUCCCACUGACACCUCCCUUACAUAAAACAUGGCCACAGUUGAUGUUAGGCCCGUAAAGUAAUUCAGAGCGGAGCUCUGCAGCAGGCAGCGGCAGCCAGCGUGGGCUGUAGAUCAGUGCAGGCCUGUGGCCCCGGCUCGAGGCCGAGGCCGGACAGACAUCAAAGGAGAUUGAACCCGUGUCCCGCUGGGAGUCUAAUCUGGGAUUAGCCUUCUGCGAUCGUGACCUGGGACCGCAACGUAAUGAAGAGGAGGUGGAGGGGGGAUAUGGAGACAGACAAAAUAGAGUUUUAACAGAGCACUUUCUCAGAGGAGGACAUUUUAUUGAGUUCAACCUAAGCUUUAUAUUCACAGUCCGUGUUUCUUUGAGGCCAAACAAAUGUGUUUAAAACAUUUCCUUUCUCAUAAAACAUUUGUAAAGACAUUCUUCUGCGUAUCUUGAAAACCUGCACUGUUUACAUCCAGUUUCACAUCAGCUCAGGCUUUUUUCUUCUUCUCAGAUGUUGCUCAACAUUUUGUUAAUUACCGUCUCCGACUGUUGAUCAGUGGUAAUAGUGUAAAACUAUCAAUAGGAAUGUGUAUCUUGACAGCUGCUUGCUUAUGCACCAUACACACACACACACACACACACACACACACACACACACACACACACACACACACACAAUAAAAGCUGGUUCCUAUAGUAAAAACGUUGCUCCAGUUUAUGGCCUUGGCGUCGCUGCUGCUGUUGUGCUGAAAUGAUUUGUUCAUUAGCAAAUGAAUCAACAACAUUUUAAUAUUUUAAGUCAAUUAUCAAGAAAAAAAGUGAAAUAUUCUGUAGCUCCAGCUCCUCACAUGCUCAGAGUUGCUGCUUCUGUGUGUUUUAUGUGAAUGUAAAUUGAACGUCUCUUGGUUUGAACCAAAUAAACAGCUUUAACAUGUCGUCUUGGGCUCUGGCAAAUUUGACACUGAGAGGUGAUCAACUGAAAAUAUAAUGGAUACACUGAUCAAGAAUAUAAUUACGUGCAGCCCCGGCAAGUGUUUCUUGCAGGACUGUUUUAUAGCAUUUUCCGGAAGUUGCUUUUACUGUGUUCACACCCCUGUAUAUAAAAGAUUGUUAAUAGAUAAGUUACA